CUCGCGAAUUGGAAUUUUCGAAUGAUCUUGCUCACUGCUUCUUGCUCCACCCAGUCUUGGCAAUCUCGAGGUCUGUCAGAAGAAUCUCUCCGGCUCAUUCUUGCACCGCCCUGUCAGCUACCCUACCCUAGUAUUUCCAUGGCAGCGUUUUCCCUGGCCGCGACACGGCUUCCUUCCUCCAGCCUCGCAUCUCUCUCUGGGGUUUCUGGAAGUAGUCUGCAGCUGAAGGGUGGUCGCGUAGCGGGGACGAGCAGGGGGAUCCGACACGCUGUUCUUGCCGAGAUGGGAGGAGGAGAACAACCGUCGAGCUCGCAGGUGGCCGAGUCGUCGUCGAGCGGCAUCCGGGCACCUGAAAACUUUGUGCCCCCCGAGCCUAAGCCGUUCUCAGUGGCGAGCGGGCAGCUGGGGGCCGUGAUUGGUGCAUCGCUGCCGAUCCUCUUCCGCCUCGGCACGGGCGUGUUCAGUGAGGGGUACAAGGCCAAGGUGGAAUCAUCAUCAGCGGUUAAGGACGAGGAUUAUGCGAUGGGACCCGUCAUGGGGUACAAGCUGGUGGAAACCACCACUGGGGAGGUGAAACCGGCAACCAAGCCCAUCGAGAUUUACGAGUUUGAAGGCUGCCCUUUCUGUCGCAAGGUCCGCGAGAUGGUGUCAGUGCUGGACCUAGACGUGCUCUUCUACCCGUGCCCUGUGGACGGACCCACAUUCCGACCCAAGGCCAUAGCCGAGGGUGGCAAAAGGCAGUUUCCUUAUAUGGUUGACCCCAACACAGGAGUGAGCAUGUAUGAGUCGGACGCAAUCAUUGAAUACCUCGCCAAAACUUAUGGCAAUGGUUCCGUUCCUCUCAUGCUGAAGCUUGGGCCCAUCACUUCCAUCACUGCGGGCCUGGCUGGCAUUGGCCGCAUGAUGAAGGGCAGCCGCUAUGUGCCAGCUAAGAUGCCGCCCCAGCCAUUGGAAGUGUGGGCGUAUGAGCCCUCCCCCUUCUGCAAGCUGGUGCGAGAAGCCCUGUGUGAGCUGGAGCUACCCCACGUCUAUCAUGCCACACCGAGAGGCAGUCCCAAGAGAGAGGCGCUCAAGAAGAGGAUUGGCCGCUUCCAGGCUCCAUAUCUUGAAGACCCAAACACGGGAGUGAAGAUGUUUGAGAGUGCCGCCAUUGUCAAAUACCUCUAUGACACUUAUGCCCUCAACUCUUCAAACUAGCACACCCCAGCGUGCAAGUACCGGUACUACCUAAGCAUGGGAAAGCGCUUAGGUUAGGGGUUCAAACCCGGGGAGGGACCUCUAGCGCUUGUCAAUUAUUCAAGACAUACUAGUGUGGGCAAGGCAAUAUUAAGUGAUUUUGUUAGUGGUUAGGCGGGCUACAUGCGUUGCAGAAUAUGAUAGAAUUGAGGCAAAGUUUAUUGUUCAACACCGUUAAAGCCCCAAGCUGAAAUAGCAAACCCACUACAAAGUUUGGCGCAGCUUGGACUAGAAAAGAGGCUUGGUGAGAAGAGGUGGAGUUUUUUAUUUGGGCAGCUGGCUGUGUACGAAAUGGACUCGG